ACAACUGAUCCAUAUAAUGAACAGAAAAACCAUUUAAAACGCUCCGUCUGUUCUAAAUCCAAAAUCCUAAUCCUCUUUCUUUUCUCCUUUUUUUUUUCCCUCUUAGCACUGUUUUUCUUCCAACACCUCUCGCCGACAGCGUAACGGUCUGCGGUGGCCGUUCCCGGCGCCGUCGCCGAUCUCUUCCAUAUUCCGCCGCCAGAUUUACCUCUGCUCCUUUCCUUUCGGAUUCCGACUAUCAUUUUGUUUUUUUUUUCUCGUUCUCUUUCUUCAACGCAAUACACUCGGUUCUAGGGAUACAAAAUGAUAGGAUCUUUUCUUACCUGGGCGCUAGCGAUGGUCUUUGGCUAUGCUUAUCCAGCUUAUGAAUGCUAUAAAGCGGUUGAAAAGAAUAAGCCGGAAAUUGAACAACUCCGCUUUUGGUGCCAGUAUUGGAUCUUGGUGGCCGUUUUAACUGUAUGUGAGAGGGUUGGUGAUACUUUUAUAUCAUGGGUCCCAAUGUACAGUGAAGCUAAGUUGGCAUUUUUCGUUUUUCUUUGGUAUCCCAAAACUAAGGGAACAACAUAUGUGUAUGACUCCUUCUUCAGACCAUAUGUUGCCAAACACGAGACGGAGAUUGAUCGCAACUUGUUGGAACUGAGGACAAGGGCAGGGGACAUUGCAGUUUUGUAUUGGCAAAGAGCUUUCAGUUAUGGUCAGACCAGAAUGUAUGACAUUUUGCAAUUUGUUGCUGCACAAUCGACUCCAGCACCUCGACCUGCUCAGCAACGCCCAGGUGUGAAGGUCCGUCAACCAGCACCUGCAAGUCAGAAACCAGCUGCUGCAACAGAACCACAAGUUGAGGAACCUCCAUCCCCUACCUCUAGCACAUCUUCGAGUCAGCUCCAGAGGGAAGUAGCAGAGGAAUUGGAUUCUCCAAAAGUUCCUAAAGCAGCCACAUCUGCAACAGCUUUGAGUAGUCAGAAAUCGGGUGGAGCUGGUUUGACUACUCAGAAGUCUGGUGGUGCUGGUUUGAGUACUCAGAAGUCUGGUGGAGCUGCUUUGAGUACUCAGAAGUCUGGUGGAGCUGCUUUGAGCACUCAAAAGUCUAAUGUUGCGCCUGAAACAAGCAUCCAGUCUGCACCAGCAGAGGCAGAGGCAAAGGCAAAGCAGAUCGAAGCACCAUCUUCAUCUUCUUCAGUAAAUGUAAAUGGGAAUCCUCCUACUCCUACCAAAGAAACCAUAAUGGAAGAAAGCAUUCGGUUAACACGUGGCAGACUAAGAAAAACCCGAUCAGCAGGAACUCGCUAGCACGCGGAAUAUUGUCAAAAUUUUAGCCUGAAAUAGGAAGUAGGUGGACAAUUAUGAGCAUUGAAUUGUUGUAGAACUUGAUGUAAAUCUGUUUUCCCAAGUUUCCAUUCCAUUUGUUGCUUCAUUUUAUAUAUUUUUUUCAUAAAUUUUGUGAUGGCAUGGAAGCAUUUGUAGCCUGAUGAUGCCACUUUAUAUGGACUUAGUUUCCAUCGGAUGCUUUUGUAUAGCUGGUCUUGAUGUUGGUGUAACAGUAUUACCAAGUUUUUUCAUUACAGGGAAGGCAGAAUAUUUCAUUAA